ACUCGCUCCCAGCCUGCUUCCUUGUGCUGAGAACUGACGAAGCUCAGCGCCGCAGCCAGCAGCAAUCCCCUGCCCUGUGAGAUCUGAGGUGGUCCGAACCCUGCCAUGGGGGCAGGCACCCAAGUUGGAACUAAACCAAGCCACUGCACUCGCCGGCCAUGAACUGUGCUUCUCAGUGACUGAGUCAUUUGCUUCAUUAAAGUAGCACUAAUAAUUUUGUCUUUCUGCCUGCCUUCCUGCUCUCAGGCCAUGUUUUUAAGCUUUUCCAAGCAAUCACUACAUCACUCUUACUUUCUAGGUGAGGCAAGGUCCUUUUUGCAUGGCUCCAAGGGCUCAGGCUUUAAGGAAAAAUAUCAUAGUGAAAAUUAAAGGAGCUGAGCGUGCGAGAUUUCAUGUAGGGCAAAGAGCAGUUUAACAUUUAAUAACAUGGUUUGGCUGUGGACUUGGCAGUCCUGGGGUAAUGGUUGGCCUUGGUGAUCUUAAAAGGGUUUUUCAACCUGCCUGAGUCUAUGACUUUGACAGACAUGUAUUACAGGCAGUGUUAAAAGCAGCUAAAAGUAGGAAAGUCUGAGGUGAUUGUCAGAGAAAAUGCUAAACAGGUUCCUGUGAAGGAAGCAGGACUGCAGCCCUUGGCUGUUAUCGCUCUCACUGGGUGGAAAGGGGGUUGUCAUUGAUAGGAUGGUAGAUAAGAUAGCAGAGCUGCUAUGCUCCUGCCACCUCACAUUCAAUGAGUCACACUUCAAAGCUAUUCUAGAAAAACGUGCAGUUGUGUUCCUUUCUGCAUUAUGCUUUCUGCAUCAUUACUCCCUAUUUCCUUCAUGGUUUCAUCUCUUUUCCUGCUUCGAGGAAGUGCAGGUUUUCAUUCAACUGAAGCCAGUGAUGCUGAGAUAAUCCUGUGAUGCCAGGGCCUGGGGCUUCAAAAGCAGGAGGGCAUGCCAUGAAACUCAGAUUGAGAUCCACACGCCAGUGCUAGCCUAGGAAGGGGAGUGUUUGCAUUCAAAAACCCCUCACUUGUUUAUGAGAGGGUUGAAAAAAUAUGUCAUGUUGAUGGUUUUAUUUGUGUGGGAAUCCAGAAGAUGGGUACAACCCACUUUGGAAGAAGGCAAAUGAAGAAGUUAGGUAGUCUGAUGCUGCAAACCUCAGCCUUCUUCCCAGGCAUUUAUUCUUCUGCAUUAUAUUUCACAUGAAAGGUUGAUUUCUGAGAACUGGGUUCACAGUAAUAAAACAUUUUUUUCAGACUUUCAGAUCUCAUCACAGACAAGAACCAUUGUAAUUCAGCUGCUGGUCUUUACAACAGGCCUUCUGCAUCACUGUCAGUAAAAAAUGGAUAUGUGAGGCUGUUUUCUCCUGUAAAGUAUCACCCAGCUUCUUAGGACUGGUUGAAAAAACUGUGCAAAACAACUAGCCAGUAGAUUUCCUCAUUUUUUUUGUGUUCAAUUUAAACAUUCAGUGGAAUUUCAAAAUGGAAAAAAAUUUGACCUCUUUUGUGAUCCAGCUGCAAUGGUUUGAUGAGUUACAUAAAUCCUAAUGUGUGUUUGCCUUUUCUUGUUUCGUUUUGUUUUUCUGAACAGAGACUUUUGAGAAUUAAUUGCAGUUUUGGAAGUUUCUCCCACUUUUAUUCCUGGCUGAAUCGGGAAAAUGCCUGUUCCAGCUCCAGAACUGUGGAACUGCAUUCCAGAAGAAAUCCUUAUCCAGAUUUUCCAGUAUCUUUCUCUUCGAGAUAGAUACACAGUCUUCCAGGUGUGCAGACAAUGGGCUGCAGCUGUAUCUUCUAGCUCUGUUUGGUACUUCACAGAGAUCAGCUGUGAUUCAGAGGAUGAGGAAGCCAUGCUGCAGAGCCUGCUCCAGUUCCUCAGCCAAAUUAAGCACUUGAAGAUCAUGUUUGACCAAUCCAAGGAGGUCAACCGGAAGAAUGUGACACGCAUCUUGGAUGUGUUGGCAAAGCGGAACCACAAGCUGCAGCAGCUGUGCAUUGUGUGUCAUGGGGAGAACCCCUAUUUCUACUCUGGCCAGGACAUUCUACAGAGCAUACAAAAUAUUUGUGACACUAAAAACCAGACAGAUCUUCAGCACAUUGAUUUUCGGCAAAUGCCUUUCACUCUCAAUGAUAAGCUUGUUGAGCUCUUAGCUACCACUAACCCAAACCUUCACAGUUUGUUCAUCAACAACCGCACCCUGGUGUGCAACGUGGCUCCAGAUACCAUUAGGAAAGUUCUCAGAGCAUGCCCCAAACUCUCAGCCUUGGGGGUUUACUAUGCCAGUUUGUCUGACGAUGUAUUUGAGGAGCUGCUCAAGCCUGAAAGAGCAACUUUCACCUAUUUAGACAUUUUCUGCGAGCGUCUGGAUAAAUAUAUACCAGUGAUCUCAGAAGACCUCUGGGCUGCUGUAAGCCAAAAGUAUCCUCGACUCUAUGUGGACCUAGAGUUUGAUCAUACGGUCCCUGCUUGCAAAAUACCAUGCAUCCUAAAGCUGAAUAUACCUGUGAGCACACUGCAACUUAACACCUAUAAUUACAUGGUAAAUCAGAUUAGGUUUGUCACCCAGAACUACAGCAGUACUUUAAAGAAGCUGACACUGCAAACCACCUCCUCGGAGGACUUAAAUUCAUCUCUAGUGGAUCUGGCUAGACAGUGCAGAAAUCUGUUGGAAAUCCACUGCUACUGCGUGGUCAGCCAGGAGGUGGUAGAAGCAUUCCUCAUGCACUGCCCCAGUCUGAAACAGUACACUCUGAAGGUCACCAAGGAACGGCACCCCUGGAAACCAGUAAUAAUUCAGUGACCAGUCUUUUUAGUUCUCUGUUUCUUUAUGUAGCAGGAAAGCCAGAUUUACCCUUUGCAGGUUUUUACUGAGGAGCUCAGUAAAACUUCAUUUUGAUUCUACAUUUUAAAAGAACCUCGAAGUCAAGCACUUUGUGUCAGGCACCCAGCAACCACUUAAUAGACAGUUGAGGAAGUGGCAGCAUCAAUGCAGCUGUUUCCUGCCCAGUGGGGUACUUAGCUGUGCAGAUUCAGUGAGCUAUGGCAAUGAACUGUAGUCAUCCGAUGGAAAAUCCAUUCUAACCUUGAUAGUUCCUCUUUUAGCAUUUCAGUGAUGGGGAGCUCACCCAUUAUCAGGUAACUUCCAGAUUGGAGGGAUAGAACAGGAGCUGAAUUAUGUUAGAAAAUUCAAGCAGAAGAAAAAGCACUGAAGGAAAACAGUUCACCAGGUAGUAAUAAAAGACAUGUAGUAUGCAAAUUCCCUUGUCUAUCUUGUCUUUCUCUUGCUCAGAAAUGCAGAUUUCCAGGUUGUAAAUUUGAAUGCAAAGACCUUUGUUUUUAUUACAUUGUUAGUAUUUCUCAGGAGAAUCAAGAGAACUAACAGUUUUUGCAUCUGAUAUCUGCAUUCGCAUGCAAGUUAUCUUGCCUCUAAAUUAGGAGAUGUGUGUGUGUUGGUCUAUUGUAACAAAAAUUUUGGUGAAUGCUAUUUGAAUGCUAGUUUCUGAGUUGAAAUGACCCUGGGAUAAAGCUACACUGGGAGCACCUAUUUAGAGCUAUCUAAAGCAUUUAUAAUAACAACAACAAUAAGAAGAAAUAAUAGAAAUAAAAAUAUUGUUUUCAUCUA